CAAAGGGAGGGGUGUAGACGAUCGAGGGUGGAUAGCGCGUGGAUCCAGUCCCCCACAGCAGGAAUUGGCCUCGCGUCUGUGAGGUUCAGCAGAGUUACGGCAGCCUCGGCUAACAUAGGAGCAGAGGCACCACGGCCCCUAAAAGAAGAGAAGGCAGUGAAAGUGGAAUUAUGCGUAGGAGUUGAGGAGGUCGUGCCAACUGAGUUCUUUCUCGAAAGAGUGAAGAAAUGACGCCUGGAGUCGCGGCGUGGUGGAGUGGGUGUUAACGGAGUUCCUGUCUCAAUGCUUCCUCUAGACUUGACUUCUCCAGUAUUCAGAGGUCGUAAACGGUAGGUUUUACGAAAACCUGGAUGAGUGAGGAGAAAAGAAGUCUCAUCCACAGUCCCGUUUCGAUGGCGCGCCAUACCAAUGCUUGGUAGACAGUCUACACAUCCACCUUCUAUUGCACAUUUCUGAAAGGGUUGAAUUUGACAUCGACUUGUUGAGAACUACAAGGGAAAUUUAAAUCAAGUAGGCAAAACAAAACAGGGGGGGGGUCAAUCAAGGUGAUACUACUGGAAACUCACGUCUUCACGACGCUUCGGUUUCUUUAUGAUCGCGUCAAAAUAAACCAUAUAGGCAGAGGACCAGCCCUCCAUGACAACGAGAGCAGACCAAAAAGGUUUCCAGGAGGCAUUUCGUGAGUGCUUCUGCUGAGGUAGGGAAAUAUUUGAAGCAGGGGAGGCACAUUGGCUAUCUUCACUGAAAAUACUCGCUGUCAUUAGACCCGAUCCGCUACCUGAAUUGUCCAUACCCGGGGGUAUGAGACGACCGACGGUUUUCCGAAACAGGGGACCCUCACAGAGCACACACGCUGGUCGCAUUGCGGUGAUGAAAGGGAAAUUCACCGGAGGCCAUUGGGAAAUGUCCUCUUUUGAUCGAGAUGAGGAAGAACAAUUGAAAGACGUGUGUGAAUCUGCAAGAAAAGCGGCUACAGUAAGCCAAAUUCUCAGGCUUCUGACAGCUUAA